GUUGCGUGGAUGAUGGAAAACGGGCAAAAUACGGCCCCGGGAGCUGCCGCUCCGACUCACCGAGCGCGAAUUCGGGGCUUUUUUCUCGGUGUGGACGGCGAAGGGGGACAGUGAGUGAUGCGUGUGUGAUGUGUGGACUGCGGUGUGUGAGCUGUAGUGGAGGGGCGAGCGCCGCGCGGAGUGGAUGGACGAGGUGCUACCGCUGGAGAACAGAGGGGGGAAAUCGCCUGCCUUUGGGUUAUUAUGGAGAAAAUGCGCCUCCGUCUUCGCGGCGACGGCGGGCGGGUUUCUGAAACGACGCGUGAUUUUUAGAGCCUCGCGCUCGGAUAGCAGCGCACGCACGUGAGCGCAACCUGAACCUCACCACCAAGGGCACCGCGACCAUUGUAGACUGCCCAUAUUUCAUAAGCAUAAGCUCUGCAGCCUCCGGUGUUUGUCCGAAGAGGUGGACGGCGCUGGAACAUAACAGAGUCUCCACAGAGGCGCCUCGUGUAGGGGGGGGGGCGGUGGGAUGCGAGGAGCCCGUGCGUUUCUGCUUUAAGUGAUAAAUGGACAGAUGUAAAAGAAGGCGGAGGAUGCAAUAAACAUAUAGAUAAUUAAUUAAUAACACGCCGUCAGCCGCGCGUUACCUGAAGCCGUCAGUGUGUGUUACGGCGGAGCGAAGGGAGGGCGGGGCUGGAGAGCGCGUGGCUGUCGAGUGUGUGUGUGUGUGUGUGUGUGUGUGUUAGUGAGUGAGAGAGAGCGAGAGAGAGAGAGAGAAGCUCCUGCUGGGGCGGUAAAGAGAGUGUCCGCCGUCCACAGUGGAGGGAUUCACUAGCAGGGAUAGUGGCAAUCACCAGCAGUGGUCAGUGGACUGAACACUUCUUCAUCACAUAAAGGAAACCUCCAGUGGACAACAGAGCGAAGACUUACAGAGAAGAGGCUGAGAAGGAUGUGAGCGUCUCGGGGCCAUCGUGGAGGAGCACAGGCUCCACGGACAGGAAAGCGCUGAAGCACUCAGUGAGCCAUGAGGAGAGCACGACUGGAAAGAGAGAAGAAAUCUCCCUUUAUCACUUUCAGUGGACAACAAGACGAGGAAUACACACUGCUACUGCUGCAACAGCAGGCUGGAGCUGGACUGUAGGCAGAGGAACACUGAGAAAAAAAAUAGGGAAGAGGCAGAGAGGAAAGGAGUGAGAAUCGUAGCUUCUAAUGGACAAGCAGACGGGGCAGCAAUGCUGGUGCUUGGCCCCCUGCCCACCUCAAGCUAUGCUUUGGCCUCUGCGCCUUGUUGAAGCUCCCAGCCGGGCCCUGGAGAGCUGAAGGGCGCGCACGAGAGAGCCGGUCCCAUGCAGGCACGCAAGAAGUACGUGCUGCUGGGCUUGUGCACGUGCUGCUGGCUGCUGCUCUUCUACUGGGGUGGCCUGCAGGAGCGGCUCCUGGCCCUGCUGACCCGCCGGCGGGGCGAGGUGGUGCGGCCGUGGCCGGACUGGCUGGAUCGGGCCCUUUUGCCAGGCUACGCAGAGAAUGCAGAGCUGCAAAAUGGAGGGGGGCCUGGAGAGUCGCCCCGGCAACGCCGACAGGCCUGGGCCAGCAUCUACAAGAAUAGCCACUGCCGGAUGGACACAUGCUUCGACUUCGGCCGCUGCCGGGGACGGGAUGGGUUCAGGGUGUACGUGUACCCGCCCGAGAAGGGUGAUCGGGUGUCGGAGAGCUACCGUAAAAUCCUGGCUUCAGUGGCUGAGUCCAGGUAUUACACAUCAGACCCACGUGAGGCCUGCUUAUUCGUGCUGGGCAUUGACACACUGGACAGGGACCAGCUGUCAACACAGUUCGUGCCCAACGUGGACGAACGCAUCCGCGGCUACCCACUAUGGAACGACGGACGCAAUCAUGUCAUCUUCAACCUAUACUCGGGCACCUGGCCCAACUAUACGGAGGACCUGGGCUUCAAUGUGGGCCAAGCCAUCCUGGCCAAGGCCAGCCUGAACACAGAGCACUUCCGGCCAGGAUUCGAUGUCUCCAUUCCCUUGUUUUCCAAAGACCAUCCGCAGAAGGGUGGCGAGCGAGGCUGGCUGCUGCGUAACACCGUGCCGCCCAGGCGGAAAUACCUACUCAUGUUCAAAGGGAAGCGCUACUUGACAGGCAUUGGUUCGGACACUCGGAACGCACUGCAUCACAUUCACAAUGGCAAGGAUAUUGUCUCCCUAACAACGUGCAAGCACGGCAAGGACUGGGAGAAGCACAAGGACGCGCGCUGCGACCAUGACAACCAGGAGUAUGAGAGGUUCGACUAUCAGGAACUGCUCCACAACUCCACCUUCUGCCUGGUUCCUCGUGGACGACGUCUGGGAUCCUUUCGUUUCCUGGAGUCAUUGCAGGCUGCCUGUAUCCCAGUGUUGCUCAGCAACGGCUGGGAGCUGCCCUUCUCUGAUGUCAUCCAGUGGAACCAGGCAGUUAUCGAGGGAGACGAGAGAUUGCUGCUACAGGUGCCCUCCACAGUGCGGGCCGUGGGCGUUGACCGGGUGCUGGCUCUCAGGCAGCGCACUCAGAUGCUUUGGGAGGCUUACUUCUCCUCAGUGGACAAGAUUGUUCUCACCACUUUAGAGAUCAUCAAGGAUAGAGUAUACGCCCACAUCUCCCGGAACAAGUUCAUGUGGAAUGCCCUGCCUGGGGGUCUUGUGGUGCUGCCAGAAUAUUCGACUCAUCUGGCCCACUACCCUUUCUACUACCUGAACCUCGGCAUCAGCCCUGGCCAGGAGUUUACUGCAGUCAUCCAUGCCGUCUCUCCUCUAGUGUCCCAGUCUCAGCCAAUCAUGAAGCUCCUCCAGGUGGUGUCCAAGUCAAAAUAUUGCUCCCAGAUCAUCAUUCUGUGGAACAGUGAGAAGCCGCCCCCUCACCGGAGCAAAUGGCCACCCAUGCCAGUGCCACUCGUGGUCACAGAUGGCAGAAGGAAAACAAGUAGCCGUUUCCUGCCCCACGUCACGAUCGAGACCGAAGCAGUGCUUAGCCUGGAUGAAGACACAGUGCUACUGACUAGUGAGGUCAACUUUGCCUUCCAUGUCUGGCAGAGUUUCCCUGAGAGGAUUGUGGGAUAUCCUCCCAGAAGUCAUUUCUGGGACCCUGUGAAGAAAAUCUGGGGCUACACCUCCAAAUGGACUAAUGAAUACUCAAUUGUGCUGACAGGAGCAGCCUUCUAUCACAGGUAUUACCAUUACCUGUUCUCUCAUUACCUGCCCCCCUCAUUACGGGCGCUAGUGGACCGUACCUCAAAUUGUGAGGACAUCCUGAUGAACUUCCUGGUGUCGUCCGUGACACACCUGCCACCCAUUAAAGUGGCCCAGAGGAAGCAGUAUAAAGAUAUGCCUGGCCCACAGAGCACGAACAUGGCUCCGUGGGCAACCCCUGAGCACUUUAAUCAAAGGCAAGACUGUGUCAACACCUUUGCUAGCUGGUUUGGCUACAUGCCCCUGGUGCACUCUCAACUUCGCCUGGACCCUGUUCUCUUCAAGGACCACGUGUCUGUCCUGCGCAAGAAGUACAAAGACCUUGAGCGAGCCUGAGUCAGAUAGGCCCUCGAACAAUAAGCCUGGACAGCGAAAAAAUGUUGACUGACAGUGUCCCUCAUUGAGUGGUCUCAGGAUUCUGCAGAAUGUGAUGGUGAGCCUGUGCCCAGAGUGCCUGAGGGAAUCAACCAACGGACAAAAAAAGAAAGGGGUCUUCCCCCCCAAUCUACCUGUGACUGGAUCUUCAUUUUGGGCGGACAGCACAAUAAAAAAAGCUUCAUCCAAGUUGUGAAUGCUUGGUAAAGCUAUUUAUUGCACCAGCUGCCGCUUCAUCGUUGGAGAGUUCUGACAUUAGCACCUAGAAAGAUGCUAAUUGUAUCAUGGACUAACACAUUACAGUGUGCCAGAGGGGUCACAAAAGGAUUGACUCAAAUCAAUGAAGUUGUAACUAUAUGACCAAUAAAACAUUUCUGAAAUGCA